UAUUCUGCUCUCUGAGCUCCGCCAUUUUAACUUCCUGGUUGGGAUCAAACUAACCACCUCUCUGUUAGUUUCCGACAGCUUGUAUCGACUAGUUUCAGCCGGGAGUCGCGAUGCCGAGCCACCCGCUGCGUGUAGCGGUUGUGUGCUCGAGCAACCAGAAUCGCAGUAUGGAAGCGCACAAUAUCCUCAGUAAACGUGGAUUUGAUGUUCGUUCAUUCGGGACAGGGUCUCAUGUGAAGCUACCCGGUCCUGCCCCGGAUAAGCCAAAUGUGUAUGACUUCAAAACGACAUAUGAACAGAUGUACAACGACUUGGUCCGCAAGGACAAGGAACUAUACACACAGAACGGCAUCCUGCACAUGCUGGACCGCAACAAGCGCAUCAAAUUGAAGCCGGAGCGCUUUCAGAACUGCAAGGAUAAGUUUGACCUGGUCAUCACCUGUGAGGAGAGAGUCUAUGACCAAGUGCUGGAGGAUCUGAACUCAAGAGAGCAGGAGACUUUGCAGCCCGUGCACGUCAUCAACGUAGACAUUCAGGAUAACCACGAGGAAGCCACGCUGGGCGCCUUCCUUAUCUGCGAGCUGUGUCAAUGUAUCCAGCACACCGACGACAUGGAGAAUGAAAUCGACGAGCUCCUACAAGAGUUCGAGGAAAAGAGCAACAGGCCUUUUCUCCACACUGUCUGCUUCUACUGAUACUCAACAGAGAUUUGCAAUAAACACAGACUCAGAUCACAAGCAAUCAAACAAUAGUAUAUAGACAAACACACACACAGUUCAUCUACAACACAAUUCAUGCACAUUGUGUGCCUACAUAGACAUACACACACACACAGCUUUGGGUCAGGACCUAACAAAUGGCUGCUGUCGGACAUAUUGGUGAUGAUGGGUUUUUCCUCUAUGCAGAGGACGGACUCGCUGCUCUCGCUCUGCCUUUAUUCCUCCGGAUCAAGGUCAGGCCAAGGUCCUCCCUCCAUCCCAGUCCAGUGAAAUCACUCAACCAUGUCUCCUCAGGGAGAGCCAUAACACCCACAACACACAACCCCCAGUCAAACAACUACAGUUGUCCCAAGUCCUUCUGAUUUUGUUGAGUACAGCAUUAUGAUGCUGAUUUUUUUUUUUUUAAUUUUUUUUCUCCUCCAGAUGAAAUAUAACUGUAAUUCAUUCAAGCAUAUAUGUCAGAUUUAUAUUCCUGACCUGGGACAGUGUAAGUGUGUGUAUUGGGGUCAGACAGGGAGAAGAAUUAGUUGAAUUGAAUGCGUGUUUCUUUUGUGCGACCAUGUGUUGUAGAUUAGUUAGCAUUAAGUUAAAGUGGCUGGGCUAAUAAUGAAUAACCAAACCUAGACCUCUCUGAGGCUCUCUUCUGAUGUAUUUCCAAUAUAAUGUGUUGAUUCAUAUUUAAACUUGGAUAUGCUAUCUUUCAGGGCAUAGUUUUUGUUUUUUUUUUCUUUUGUAAAUGUUAAGGAAUUGAAGCAUUGUCAGCUCAGAGUGCCUGAUUUUUCUGUAUGUACAUAUGAAUCCACUAAAAGAAUCUCUAAGAAACA